UCAGCACUGAUUUGUGGAGAGACAAUUACGAGCAGUCCAUACAUCCAAUGAGAGGCCCAAAAUUCUGGAUGACAUCAACGUAUCGUUUGGUAACAGCACCACCAGAGCCUAUACAACUUGGGAAGAAAAAGAAAAAUAGAAAGAAGAAGUAUCAAAGGAUUAAAGGAAAACACGAGUCACCAAAGAAGAAAACAAUAAAAGAAACACUUGGAAGAAAGGGACGUAUUAUACGUUGUUCGUCUUGCCGUGAAACUGGCCAUAAUGCAGCUGGGUGUAUGAAAUAUCCAAGAGAAAAGAAAAAGAGACAAAGAACUACUGAGGUCGGGUCAUCAUCGUCUCAAGUACCAGAUAUAGUAUCUCUCACGCAACCAUCACAAACAAGCUCCGACAUGGUGGUUCAUGAGUGAAUUUAAUAAGUACUAUGAACGUGUUCCUUUAGUUUAGUUUUGCAUGAAUGACAUUAUUUGGAGUUAAUUUU